AUGAUCGAACAGAAACCGACGAGCAAAAAGCCAAAGUCGCCGCUCGGGAACGCGACGAACAAGACGAAGAAUAACAAAUCCGUGGAGGAGAUUUACCAAAAGAAGACGCAGCUCGAACACAUUUUGCUUCGUCCGGAUACGUACGUCGGGUCGUGCGAGCGAGCGGAGGAGAAGGCGUGGGUGUACGAUGCGGCGACAAAAUCUUUGACGCAUAAGCAAGUGUCCUUCGUGCCGGGGUUGUACAAGAUUUUCGAUGAAAUUCUCGUCAACGCGACGGACAACAAGGUGCGCGACCCAAAGAUGAAGGAACUCCGCGUGGACAUCGACGUCGAGCAAGGGCUGAUUCGAGUGUAUAACGAUGGUAACGGCAUUCCCGUAGAAAUGCACAAAGACGAAGGCGUUUACGUCCCGGAACUCAUCUUUGGUCAUCUUUUGACGUCGAGCAACUACGACGACAACGAAAAGAAGGUUGUCGGCGGGCGCAACGGUUACGGCGCCAAGUUGGCGAACAUCUUCUCCACCGAGUUCAUCGUCGAAACGUGCGAUGGUUCGCGCGGAAAGCGAUAUCGUCAAGUGUUCAAGAACAAUAUGAGCGUCAAGGGCGAACCGGAACUUUCCAAGUGCAAGAAAAGCGAGAACUGGACUUGCAUCACAUUCAAACCAGACUUUGAGAAGUUCGGCAUGGAGUCCCUCGUGAACGAAGACGUCGCGGCUUUGAUGUGCAAGCGCGUGUACGACGCGGCGGGUAACAUCGGCAAAAACACAAACAUUUACUUGAACGGCGAAAAGCUCGAGGUGAAGGGUUUCAGUGAUUACGUGAGUUUGUACUUGGAUGGCCAAGCGAACGCGCCAAAGAUUUUCGAAAAGACGAUGGAUCGAUGGGAAGUGUGCGUCACCAUCUCCGACACCGCGCAGUUCCAGCAGUGCUCGUUCGUGAACGGUAUUUGCACCAUGAAGGGUGGUACGCACGUGAACUCGGUCGCAGAUCAAAUCUCUCAAAAGCUGUUGGAGAAGAUUCAGAAGAAGGAAAAGAGUUGCAAGAAUUUGAAGGCGUUUCAAGUGAAGAACCAUCUUUGGGUAUUCGUCAACGCGCUCAUCGAGAACCCGGCGUUUGAUUCACAAACCAAAGAGACCCUCAUCACGAGACCGAACAAGUUUGGCAGCGCUUACGCGCCUUCAGAUGCCAUCAUCAAGAAGCUCAUGGAGUCGGGCGUCGUCGACAACAUCAUGUCGUGGGCGCAGUUCAAGCAGAGCAAGGAACUCAAGAAGACGGAUGGUGCCAAACGAUCGCGUCUGACAGGUAUUCCAAAGCUUGACGAUGCUAACGAUGCCGGUGGACGCAACUCUGAGUCUUGUACUUUGAUUCUCACCGAAGGGGAUUCCGCGAAGGCGCUCGCCGUGAGCGGUCUCUCCGUCGUCGGGCGCGACAAGUACGGCGUCUUCCCGCUUCGAGGUAAACUCUUGAACGUCCGCGAUGCUUCGCAUGAGCAAAUCAAGAACAACACCGAAAUCAAUCAUAUCAAGCAAAUCCUUGGUUUACAGCACGGUAAGGAGUACGACAGCGCGAAAUCGCUGCGUUACGGCAAGCUCAUGAUCAUGACCGAUCAGGAUCACGACGGUUCGCACAUCAAGGGCUUGCUCAUCAACUUUUUGCACGCUCACUUCCCGUCUCUACUCAAGAUUCCUGGGUUUUUACUCGAGUUCAUCACGCCAAUCAUCAAGGCGACCAAGGGUAAGCAGUCGAAGGUGUUCUACACUAUGCCCGAGUACGAAGCGUGGAAGGAAGCGAACGACGGCACGUCUGGCUGGAGCAUCAAGUAUUACAAGGGUCUCGGUACUUCUACCGCCAACGAAGCAAAAGAAUACUUUGCGUCUCUCGAUCACCACCGAAAGAGCUUUGUCUGGCAAAGUGACGGUGACGGUGACUUGAUUGACAUGUCGUUCAGCAAAAAGCGCGUCGUAGAUCGCAAGGCGUGGCUUACGGCGUACGAACCGGGGACUUUCUUAGACAUGACCGGUGAAGACAUUCGAUACGACGAAUUUAUCAACAAGGAGCUCAUUUUGUUCUCUAGAGCCGACUUGUUGCGCUCUAUUCCCAGUAUGGUGGACGGUUUCAAACCGUCGCAGCGCAAAGUUCUCUUCUCGUGCUUCAAGCGUAAGCUGAAGUCCGACAUCAAAGUGGCGCAGUUGAGUGGUUACGUCUCCGAGCACUCCGCCUACCAUCACGGUGAAGCUUCUCUCGCGAUGACAAUUGUCAACUUGGCGCAAGACUUCGUCGGUUCGAACAACAUCAACUUGCUCGUGCCGAGCGGGCAGUUCGGUACUCGCUUACAAGGCGGUAAGGAUCAUGCGAGCCCUCGUUACAUCUUCACUCGCUUGCACGAAGUGUGCCGCGCGAUGUUCCCGGAGUGUGACGAUGCGUUGUUGAACUACCUCGAUGAAGACGGUCAGCGCAUCGAGCCGGAUUAUUACUAUCCGGUUCUCCCGCUCGUGUUGGUGAACGGCGCUGAAGGCAUCGGUACGGGAUGGUCGACGAGUAUUCCGAACUUCAACCCGCGAGAUUUGAUCGCAAACAUUCGACUCGUGCUCGAAGGCGAGAGUCCGGUGCAAAUGCAUCCGUGGUACAGACACUUCAAGGGUUCGAUCACGGAAGAACUCGUCAAGGGCGAGACGCGCUACAACGUCACCGGCUCGUACAACAUUCGCGAUGAGUGCACGUUGGAAGUCACCGAGUUGCCGUUGCGAUCGUGGACCUCGGAUUACAAGGAGUUCCUCGAAGAAAUGCUUGUGCCAAAAACGAAAACUGCCAAGCCGUUCAUCACCGACUACAAGGAGUACCACACCGACAGCACCGUGCACUUUGUGAUCACGAUGCCGCCGGAGAACUUGGCCGCCGCGCAAGCGUCUGGCAUCGAGAAGAAGUUCAAGUUGAGCACCAAGCUGAACAUCACCAACAUGCACUUGUUCAACGAACAAGGUGUGAUCACCAAGUACUCUUCUCCGGUCGCCAUCUUAGAGGCGUUCGUUCCUCUGCGUCUCAAGGCGUACUCGCAACGCCGAGAAAUGUUGAUUCGUCUCGCCGAGUCUCAGCUCAAGCGCUUGUCGAACAAGAUGCGAUUUAUUCUCGCUGUCGUCGAUGGAAGCCUUGUCGUGAACCGCAAGAAGAAGCAAGAACUCAUCGCUGAGCUCGAAGCUUUGUGCUAUGAUCGUCUUCCGAAGACCGACAAGGGUUCCGUCGCCGAACUCGACGAAGACGGCGAGUUCAUCGCCAACGAUGUCGCCGGGUCUUACGAUUACCUCCUGGGCAUGCCUCUUUGGAAUUUGACGCUCGAGAAAGUUGACGAGCUGUGCGCAGAAAAAGAAGCCAAGGAAGCAGAAGUCGCUGAGCUUCACAAGACGACGGAGAAGGACUUGUGGAUGAAGGAUCUUGACACCCUGGAGCAGACGCUCGAGCUCCUCGACGCCGAAGACGAAGAAUCCCGAAUCGUUCUUGAGAAGCAACAACGCGCGGCGGCGCGAAACAACACCGCUGCGGGUAAGAAAGCCGCGAAGAAGAAGAUGGCGAAGCAGCGCGCGGCGAACAGCAGCGACGAAGAUGAAUGGGACGAUGACUUUAGCGACGACGAUUUCGAAAUCGCCAAACCGAAGAAGGCGGCGGCAAAGCCCAAGGCGGCGGCGAAGCCCAAGGCGGCGCCCGACUUUGGCGGCGAGAGCGAUUCCGAAGUCGUCGCCCCGGUGGCGCCGAGAUCGACCGCUCGCCCGGCGAGAGCCCGGACGGCGAAAACUUACGUGGUCGACGAUUCCGACGAUUCUGAAGACGACGUUUCGGAGGAAGACGACGACGACGAUGAUGAGAGUGACUUUUCCGAAUCUGAAUAA